AUGGUGUCAGGUGUGUAUGGAAAUAUGGAAAACAUAAUCAGAGCCCCAGAUCCGCUCGUAAACGACGGAAAUAUAGCUGAAAACUGGAAAAGAUUUAAGCAAAAGUUCGUGUUGUUUUUAAUGGCUGCUGACUUACUAGAUAAACCGGAACAAAAGAAGAUUGCUAUCUUCCUGAACGUAAUAGGUGAUGAUGGAUUGGAACUAUACAAUAGUUUUACAUUUAGUGGUGAUGAGAAUAAGAAGCUAGAUAAUAUAAUAGCAAAAUUUGAGAAUUAUUGUGUACCGAGAAAAAAUGUUGUUUAUGAACGUUUCAAGUUUAACAGCAUUGUUCAAAAGGAAGGACAACCAUUUUCUUCCUUUGUAACUGAACUAAGAAAAGCUGUAAAAUCGACGGAAUACGAAAAACAAGACGAACUCAUUAGAGAUCGAAUAGUGAUAGGUGUUUUAGAAAAGUCUACACGAGAAAAGCUAUUACGAGAAUCAAACCUAACACUCACUGGAGCGAUUGAUUUUUGUUUAGCGGUGGAAGCUAGUAAAAGUCAAUGUAAGGAAAUAAACAAUGAAUCCAUGGUUAGUUCAUUGAGAACAGAGAAGAAAUAUAAAGCAAAAUCAUGUCAAUAUUGUGGUUAUAAUCACGAAAAAGGAAAGUGUCCAGCUUAUGUCUGUCAAGAUAAAAAGAAGAAAAAAGAAGAUAAAAAGAAAACGAAGAUAGUAGUUGAAACAGGAAAAAGAAAAGUUCAUGAAGUGGAAUCCAAAGAAGAUGAAGAAAAAGAAACAGAUAGUGAAGAAAAGGUUUACAUUGAUUCGAUAAUAUCAAAAGAGUCUACAAGGUUGUUGAAUUCAGUUCAGUGGUCUCAAUCUGUAGAUGUACAAGAUCAGUUAGUAGAAUUUAAGCUAGAUAGUGGAGCAGAGAUUACGUUAGUUGCUUAUGGAAUCUUUAAAAUAGAGCCGAUAGGAAAAGUUACUUUAAAAUGUAAAGUAAGAAACAAAAUCGCGGAUGUAAAAUUUGUUAUUGUAGAUGAAGAUCAAAUGCCUUUGUUGGGUUUACAGGCAUGUACCGAUUUAAAGUUAAUUAAGAGAUUAGAUAGGUCAGUGGAGGAUUUAGUUAAUAAGUAUCCAAGUGUUUUUGAAGGUUUAGGGUGUUUUCCUUCAGAGCACCAUAUUACUUUAGUAAAAGAUGUAAUUCCUCACUUUCAACCGAUUAGAAGAGUCCCUCAAAUAUUACAUGAUCGACUCAAAACAAAGUUAGAACAAUUAGAAAAACAGGGAAUAAUAAAAAAGGCAAAAAAAACGACUGAAUGGCUCAACCCAUUAGUUAUUGUUGAAAAAAAAUAUAACAAAGACUUAAGAUUGUGCCUUGAUUCGAAAUUUUUGAACAAAGCUAUCAAACGUGAAUACUUUUUAAUCCCGACCGCAGAUGAAAUAAGUAGUCAAUUUUCCGGAAAACAAUUUUUUACAAUAAUCGACAUGAAGGAUGGUUAUUUUCAAGUCAAAAUUGUCAAGGAGAGUUCAGAUCUUUGUACGUUUGGCACACCAUUUGGUUGUUAUCAAUUUUGUCGUUUACCUUUUGGAAUCUGUUCCGCCCCAGAAGUUUUUCAGAAAAAAACUUAUGAAAUAUUUGGUAGCCUUAAGGGUGUGGGAAUGUAUUUCGAUGACAUUGUAAUAUCAGGAGUUACAGAACAGGAACAUUAUGAAAACUUAAAAACAGUUUUAGAGACGCCAUCAAAGUAUAACAUAAAAUUUAACAAAUUAAAAAUUCAAUUUAAAUCUCCUAACAUUGAGUUUAUGGGUCAGAUAUAUUCUAAACGAGGAAUGGAACCAAAUCCUAGAUAUAUUGAAGCAAUAAUUCAUAUGCCAAAUCCAUGCAAUAAGUCAGAUGUGUUAAGAUUGUUAGGAAUGGCAAAGUUUGUGGCAAAGUUCAUUCCAAAUAUGUCUAAAGUUACUGCCCCUUUAAGAGAAUUGACAAAAAACAAUGUACCUUGGUCAUGUACAAGCGAUCAUGAUGAGUCCUUGUCAUUACUUAAAACGUUACUCACUUCAGCCCCAAUUUUGAGAUUUUAUGCUCCUAGCAAACCUAUUGUUAUUGAAACAGAUGCUUCUAAGGAUGUAUUGGGAGCUUGUUUGUUGCAAGAUGAUCACCCAGUUGGUUUUGUAUCAAGAAGACUAAAUGAUGCAGAAAAGAGAUAUGCCCAGAUCGAAAAGGAAAUGUUGGCGAUUGUUUUUGCAAUACAGAAGUUUCACUUUCUUAUUUAUGGUCGUUACACUAAUGUCAAUACGGAUCACAAGCCACUUGUUGCUAUUUUUCAAAAAGAAUUACACAAAAUUACACCUAGAUUGCAAAGAAUGAGAAUGAGAUUGUUGGGAUAUGAUUUAUCUGUAAACUACAAGCCAGGAAAAUAUUUAUAUAUUGCAGGUGCAUUAUCCAGAGCAUUUUUGAAUAAAAAAGGUUUACCUUCCGAUAGUAGUUUUGAAUUUGCUGUUCAUUCUUUGGUCACUAAUCUAGCCAUGUCGAGUUAUUAUGACAAUUGGCCUCAGUUAUCAAAACAGAUUCCACCAUUUAUUAAGAUUUUUUAUAAGGUAAGAGAAGAGUUAUCUGUUGUGGAUGGAUUAGUUUUUGUGGGUAAUAAAAUAGUCGUUCCAACCAAUUUAAGAAAUGAAAUGUUAAAAUUGAUUCAUGAAGGUCAUUUCGGGAUAGAGAAAACGAAAGCGAGAACCAGACAAAUAUUCUUUUGGCCAGGCAUUUCAAGUGAUAUUGAAAAUUUCGUAAAAAAAUGCAAGUUAUGCGAAAAACAUGGUUCAAAGCAACAGAAAGAAACCUUAAAUCCCUAUCCAAUACCUCAACGGCCGUGGCAACGAAUUGGCUCAGAUAUAUUUACGUAUGCUGGUGUUAGUUAUCUUGUAUUAUUUGAUUCAUAUUCUAAUUGGCUGGAAGUAGUUGCAUUGAAGGAUAAGUCAGUGGAAUCGGUAAUAAAGGGAAUGAAGUCAGUAUUUUCGAGAUUAGGUUCUCCAGACAUGGUAACAUGUGAUAAUGUACCAUUCAACAGUUUAAUCAUGCACAAUUUUGCAAAUGAUUGGAAUUUUCUGGUGGUUACUAGAAGUCGAAACUAUCCAAAAUCAAACGGUUUGGCUGAGAAGGGAGUAGGUAUUGCAAAGAAGUUGUUAAAGAUGACGAUGGAAGAAGGAAAAGAUUUAUAUUACGCAUUAUUACAAUAUCGUAAUACACCAUUAAAAUAUUUAAAUUAUAGUCCAUCAGAAUUAUUAAUGAGCCGAGUGUGUAAGAUUAAAGUCCCUAUUUCUGAAAAUCUUUUAAAACCUAAACUUUGUGGUGACGUUCUUGAAAAGUUAAAGAGUAGACAAGAGAAAGGAAAAAAAUAG